AUGUUCACUAUUAUUCAUGGACUGCCCAGUCUUACAGCUUCUCAGUUGAGAACUAUAUACAUAUGUCAGUUUUUGACAAGAAUUGCAUCAGGAAAAUCCCUUGAUGCACAGUUUGAAAAUGAUGAACGAAUUACACCUUUGGAAUCAGCCCUAAUGAUUUGGGGUUCAAUUGAAAAAGAACAUGACAAACUUCAUGAAGAAAUACAGAAUUUAAUUAAAAUUCAGGCCAUAGCUGUUUGUAUGGAAAAUGGCAAUUUUAAAGAAGCAGAGGAAGUCUUUGAAAGAAUAUUUGGUGACCCCAAUUCUUACAUGCCUUUAAAAAGGAAAUUACUUACCAUAAUCUCUCAGAAAGAUACAUUCCAUUCCUUUUUUCAACACUUCAGUUACAAUCACAUGAUGGAGAAAGUUAAGACCUACGUGAAUUAUGUGCUAAGUGAAAAAUCAUCAACUUUUCUAAUGAAGGCAGCAGCAAAAGUAGUGGAAAGUAAAAGAGCAAGAACAAUAACUUCUCAAGAUAAAUCUAAUGGUAAUGAUACUGAAAUGGAAACUGAAGCUAAUUUGGAUACAGGAGAAAGUGUUAGUGACAAACAGUCUGCGGUAACUGAAUCCUCAGGGUGUACAGUAUCUUUAUUGAGGUCUCACAGGAAUCUCUUCUCAUUGAAGUUGAAACAUGGAAGCCAGCAACAAGACCUUAAUAACAAAGAGGAAAGAGUGGGAACUCUUCAAAGUGGAAGAAAGAAAAAAGAAAGCAGAAGAACCACUGAACGCAAAUCAGUCCAUGUUUUAAAGAGGCAACUAGUAAGUCCUGAAAAACAUCAAUCUAGGAAAAGACAGGCAUGGCUCUGGGAAGAAGACAAGAAUUUGAGAGCUGGUGUGAGGAAAUACGGAGAGGGAAGCUGGUCUAAAAUAUUAUUGCAUUAUAAAUUCAACAACCGGACAAGUGUCAUGUUAAAAGACAGAUGGAGGACUAUGAAGAAACUAAAACUGAUUUGCUCGGAUAGUGAAGACUGAAUGUGUUUGUAAAAGCUUGAUAAAAGGACAGUUAAAUAUUUUGAUCACCGUGUUUUGUUUUAAACUUGCUAGUUAUUGAUGCAUUUUAAAACUUUUGUUUAAAGCAUUACAGUAUUUUUCUGUGACAGUCAGUAUGAGGAUUUGUGCUAUGAGUAGAUUAUAUGCUAUCGUUAUUCUAUUGUUUAAGAGUCUUUUUAUUUUUAUAAAAAAUGAAUUUAAUUCUGCCACAUUCAAUAUCCACACCCUAAAUUCUGUUCUAAUAAAAAUUAAAACCAGAUAAAGACAAAAAGUAUUUAUGUUAACCUUUCCUGUAUUUGUAGGCUGACUUCAACACUAUAACACAUACAUACAUAAAAAUGAAUGUCCUAAAUCAUUGAAUAAUUGUCCUUUGAUAUGAGCUAAUGACUUGAUGUAUGGCCUUAAUACACUACUUAAUUACUUAAGAUGUUAAAGAAAAUAACUUGAAAAUAGUAAUACCCAUAGGAAAAAAAAUUCGUACUAUUAGCAAGAAUAAAUUUGUAUCUCAUUUAGAAAUAAUUUGUCUUUUGUUCCAGUGCUUAGACUUUGACAAAGAUGGUACUGAAUACAUCUUCUUUAUGCCAUAAAUAACAGAUUCUCUGAUACUUUCAUUUCAUAUAUCAGUAUUGUGCCUGAAUAGUAUUCUGUAAAGCUUAAAUUGGUAUUAACUGUGAUCCAAUGAUAGAUAAUAAACAAGGUCAUAGUACACUUUACUAGGUAAUUUUGAGUUUUCACCAACAUCUUAUUCUGCAGAUGAUUUCAUCCAAAACUAACAGAAUUAUUUAGUAUUUCCAGUUAAGUAUGUUUUGCAAAUGAGUGAAAAUAUUAAAAUUCCCAUUGUUCCUGAAUUUGUGUUAUCCUAUAUGUGUAGUAAAUAGAAAUGUGGAUAAUUAC